GCGUCCCACCCGAAAGCGCAAAAAAAAAAAAAAAAAAAGGAAAAACGUUCUCUCCCACGAAACCCACCAUUACUGCAAAUGGCGACGACGGUCCCCGACAACCUGAGCCGCGAUCAGUACGUUUACUUAGCGAAGCUAUCCGAGCAAGCUGAGCGCUAUGAGGAGAUGGUUCAGUUCAUGCAAAAACUGGUCCUCGGCUCAACCCCAGCCGCUGAAUUAACUGUCGAGGAAAGGAACCUUCUCUCCGUCGCCUACAAAAACGUCAUCGGAUCUCUACGUGCCGCGUGGAGAAUCGUUUCUUCCAUCGAGCAGAAAGAAGAAGGUCGAAAGAACGAGGAACAUGUUGUGCUGGUUAAGGAGUACAAAUCCAAGAUUGAAUCCGAAUUGUCGGAAGUUUGCGCUAGUAUCUUGACUUUAUUGGAGUCGAAUCUGAUCCCCUCUGCUACUGCUAGUGAGUCCAAGGUUUUCUAUUUGAAGAUGAAAGGAGAUUAUCAUCGCUAUUUAGCGGAGUUUAAGGUUGGUGAUGAGAGGAAAGCCGCUGCCGAAGAUACUAUGUUGUCUUACAAGGCUGCUCAGGAUAUUGCACUGGCGGAUCUAGCACCGACGCACCCGAUCAGAUUGGGGCUAGCGCUGAAUUUCUCGGUGUUCUACUAUGAGAUUCUCAAUCAGUCAGACAAGGCAUGUAGCAUGGCUAAACAGGCAUUUGAGGAAGCCAUUGCUGAGCUUGACACACUGGGAGAAGAGUCAUACAAGGAUAGCACUCUCAUUAUGCAACUACUAAGGGAUAAUCUUACUCUCUGGACUUCGGAUGUGCAGGACCAGUUAGAUGAGCCGUAGAACGUGUGUUAUAGCGGUGUUGGUCCUAUUCUUCAUCUGAAGGAGGUGGGCUUUGAAUGUCAUUUGAUUCUCUGAUUACAGUGUGUAAUUUAAAAAAAUGGGAAGCAACCCAUGGCAAUGAUGUUGUUAUAUUCUGUACUGAACUUGUUUUUGGAAUAUGGAAGUGAUUUUAUUAGAGCA